GUCAUUUCACACUGGUGGCUCUUUUACCGCAUCAAAUCGUAGAGCUAAUAUGGUUCUGUUGUCACUUAAUAAGUAAAGAGACUGGAACCCCUCUUCAUCACAAUGACAAUACAUGGGUGGAUUACAGAUGCCACGCUCAAGAGGUGGUGGUUCUCAACCAACCCACAAAAUUCCAGCUGAUCGUAAACGAAAGAAAGUGGUUGCGUCUACUCCAGAUUCAUCUUCAUCUUCAUCUUCUAAGGAAGAAGCAACACCUACACUCUCACAACCUCAACAACCUCCAAGAGGAUUCGCUUUCUUAUCCAACAGAUUCCAGAACAAAUUUAAACAACAAAGAUUUAUAAAUCUGGAGGGCAGACACAUCAUUGCUGAGAGACCGGUUGUUGAUUUUCUUCCUUUGUUGGACUUUAGUCAUGAAGUCAUCAGAAGAAAGUGGACAAAGAUAUGUCAACCCAAAGAAAAAUAUAAUGCAAUCUUGAUCAGGGAGUUUUAUGCUAAUGCCUACCCAAAUAAACCAUAUUCAAAGGAUUGAACCUCUUGGGUGAGAGGCAAGUCCAUUUCUUAUGAUCCAAAGACCAUCAAUACAUUCUUGCAGACUGAUUACACUAUUCCAGUGGAAGACGACUAUAGGAAAUUAAUGAAAACUGCAAUAAAUGAGGAAAUGUCUAAUUUGAUGCUUACUCUGAGCCUUCCAGGGAGUCAGUAUCAAACUGGUACCAAAAAUCAAUCCACCCAUAUCCUCAGAGCGGAUUUGAAGUCUAUUGUCAAGUUAUGGCAAGCAGUUUUGUACAGUAAUGUCAUCCCUCUUACCCACUACUCUGACAUUACUAUUGCUUGUGCGAAGUUAAUCUUUUGUAUCUUGCAGCACAAAGAUGUGGACAUAGCUACAUUAAUCUCCGUUGACAUUCAUGCUAUUGUCUUCUCUAAACCUUCCAAAUUAGGAGUUGUAUGGCCCUUGGCCUUUCCUGGACUAAUCACUGGCCUUUGCAAGGCAAAAGGAGUAGUUAUUCCCCAACCCCUGAUUCCCAUCAAGAGGAAGAUUGACCAUCUGUUUGUCAAAGCCCGAUGCUACAACUGAAGAGAGUUUCCUUGGUCAUCUGACAGAACCCGCCCACCUCCACCACCGGUUGCCUCACCCUCGGUUCCCCCAACUAGUCCUUUUAAUUUCUCUACCAUGCAGGCUUAUAUGGACAAUCAUUUAUACAUAACACAUGCAACACAUUGACCCUAAAACAAAACAACUGAAAUUAAAAUGACUGGAAUUUAAAAUGGCAUAAAAUUAAAAUGGAACUUCUCUUCCUCAGAAAGUGGGUGAUAGUGACCCUUCAUCUUCUCCUUCUUCAUCAUUGUCUUCUCUUUCAUCAACUUGUUCUCCUUUUGAAUCCAUCACUUGCUCUCCAUCAUGUGGCUGUGCAUCACCACUUCCCCCUCCUGAAAAGGUAGGACUGUCCCCAGGCCAAAGAAUUGCGUCUUGAAUUUGCUCCGGUGUAGGCCAAGGAUAUAAGCUUCCACCGGUAUCAGCCUAAUGUAAAGUGUAAUUGUAAAAAUAAGAGUGCAGAGCCAUCUGUCCUCGAUGAUUAGCGGCUUGUUGAAGUUGUACAUGGCAGAGAUGAGCCAUUUCCAGUUGGUGGCGCUCCUCCAUAUGCUGAAAUUGUUGCACCAUAUAAGCCUACAUGGUAGAGAAAUCAAAAGGACUAGUUGGGGGAACCAAGGGUGAGGCAACUAGUGGUGGAGGUGGGCGGGUUCUAUCAGAUGACCGAGAAAACUCUCUUCGUUUGUAGCAUUGGGCAUUGACAAACGAAACAUCAACUAGGAUCAGCUCCGCCUGCCAGCUGCAGACUCACCACUAGCCACCCACUUAUCCCUGCUCUGCUCCCAUACAUAGUAUGAUCAUCGCAGUCCAAACCACAUGGAAACAACAAAGGGUAAGCUAGUAUAAAAAGAACAACGUAUAGCAAGAUUUAAGUAAUAUGAACAACUACAACUAUCAACACAUCGUCAGCCUACAUCUCAUUGAUUGUACAACAAACCAGCAAAUGGAAAAUAAUGCGUCGUCACGCAUAUCAUCUCGGAGAUCUCCUACAACAACUCAGCCUUUCAGCCUUCAACAACUCAGCCAUUAAGGCCUACAACAACUCAGCCAUUAUGGCCUACAACAACUCAGCCAUUAUGGCCUAUAACAACUCAGCUAUUAUGGUUUACAACAACUCAGCCAUUAUGGCCUACAACAACUCAUAUCAUCGUACAACACAGCACAACUUUACAGCACAACAUAUCAUCUUACAGCACAUCAAGACAUCUUACAACAAUAUUUAUCUGAUACAACUCAACAUCAUCAUACAGUAUUAUCUACUAGUCAUCACUUCAUGAUCAUCAACUUCAACUUAAACUCAACAUAAAACAACUUCUAACAACAUUUAGUGAAAGCACAUCUCCGCGCCCGGCGCACUCGUGGUUGCACCCAGCGCGGUGCAACCAGAGAGCACCAGGGGGCCAGCGCGCCAAGCGCAAGCAUGCCCGCGCCUGGCAGGACCCAGCCAGAGAGCCCCAGGCUCACGCGCCUGGCGCAAUACCUAUUGCGCCCAGCGCAUGCCAGGCAGAGACUCCAAGGAGUCCCAUGCACCCGGCGUGCCCAAACCUGUGCCCAGCUUGGGGAAGGCAGAGACCUCCCUUGGUCUCGCGCCCAGCGCAAUUCGAAUUGCACCCGAUGCCCCCAUGGUAGAGACUCCAAGGAGUCCCCGCGCCCAGUACGACCAAGAUCGCGCUUAGCGCCAUGCCAGAAGUCCAAAAAUAAGUCACAACCGAAAUCGCGCCCAGCGUGGUUCAACCCUCGCCCGGCUUGGGCCAUCUAGAGGCUAACAUCUUCAAGCACGCCCGACGCACACAUCUUUGCGCCCGACAGGCUUGCCUAAAUGCUGCCCUCAAGUGGCCACGCGCUCGGCACGAAGAACUGCGCUCAGCGCGAGUUCAGCAGCAAACCUCAUAUUUUCGAAAUCUCUUCAAAAACCUGCAAAAUAAUCAGGAAAUUCCACAUGCAAUCCAUCCAAGAUAUCACAUUUUCAUCAAGCAUUACGAAAAACACUUCAUUUUCAACAUGCAACCAUCAAACAAGUAAAAUCCCCAAAAUUUGCACCCAAACCCCGGAAAACUCAAGAAUGACAAAUUCCUUCAAUCACAGCCGAGAAUCAACCACUUCAACAACUUAUGAGUUGCUUGCACUCAUUUGCAACCAAAAACAGCGAAGAAAUUUAGCUUCCCUUACCUUUGUACGAAGAUCCGAGCUCCGGGAAAAAGAAAAUGGAGAAGGUGAAAGACGGGCAGAGAAACUUAACGGAGAAGAAAGAACCUUCAGUUAGCUUCCAACACAGUUAUUCAGCACCUACACACCCAAGGAUCCAGAGCAAAGGGGACCAAGGCAAAAAGGAAGAAAAGAGUGAGUAUGAGAGUUGAGAGUUGAGGGUUCUUGAGUUUGGGGAAGAAAAGAAAAGGGAAGGGGUCUCACAAAAAUGAAGAGGAGGAUGACAUCCAAGCCAUUGCUAGAAUUAAGAGACCUUCAUCUACAUCAAGUGAAGCCACUUCUGUUUCCAAGAGGAGGGGUAUAAAUGGCAAAGGUCCCCUUGAUUUGCACUUUACUAGAAAGGCAGAAGAAAGUAUCAAAUUGAAUAAGGGGUUGUGGCAAACAAGUUUAAAUGAUGCUUGUAACAAGGAAGCAAGAGCAAGGGUAAUUCAAUACAUUGCUCGCUUUUUUUAUCGGAAUGGAAUUGCAUUUAAUGUUGCUAGAUCAAAGAGCUUCAAAUUGAUGGUUGAAGCUAUUGGCACCUAUGGUCCCCAUUUAAAGCCACCAAGCUACCAUGAAUUAAGAGUGUCACUCCUUAAAAAAAGUUGGAAUACACCAAGGACUUAUUGAAGGGCCAUGAAGAAGAGAGAGUAAAAUAUGGGUGCUCAAUUAUGUCUGAUGGUUGGACAGAUAGGAAAAGUAGAACUUUGAUUAACUUUUUGGUUAAUAGUUCAAUGGGAACAAUGUUUGUGAAGAGUGUAGAUGCUUCUGAAUAUACCAAGACCGGUGAGAAGGUGUUUGAACUUUUAAAUAGUUUUGUUGAGGAAAUUGGAGAGAAAAAUGUUGUUCAAGUAGUAACAGAUAAUGGAAGCAAUUAUGUUAUGGCGGGCAAAAUUUUACAAACUGUGAGACCACAUUUAUUUUGGACUCCAUGUGCUGCUCAUUGUCUUGAUUUGAUGCUAGAAGAUAUUGGAAAGAUCCCUAAAGUCAAAAGGGUAAUACAAAGAGGCAUCAAGCUCGUGGGUUACAUUUAUAAUCAUACCUUGACCCUAAACACCAUGAGGAAGUAUACAAAUAAGGUUGAAUUGGUGAGGCAUGGAGUUACAAGAUUUGCUACCACCUUCCUUACUUUGCAACGAUUGCAUAAGUUAAAGGAAAAUUUUAGAAGGAUGUUUACUUCCGACGAAUGGUUGCAAUCAAAAGGAGCCAAAGAAGCUAAGGGGAAGAAAAUAUCGAAUAUUGUUCUUAUGCCUACAUUUUGGAGUGAUGUUGUUUAUGCUUUAAAGGCUAUGGGGCCUAUUGUACACGUGUUGAGGUUGGUAGAUAAUGAAAAAAAACCGGCAAUGGGUUACAUUUAUGAAGCAAUGGAGAGGGCUAAGGAGGCAAUUCAAAAUUCUUUUAAUCAUAAUGAAGAAAAAUAUAAGGAUAUAUUUGCAAUUGUUGAUAGAAGAUGGGAUUGUCAACUCCAUCAUCCGUUGCAUGCAGCAGGAUAUUAUCUAAAUCCUGAGUUUUAUUACAAAAAUUCAACAAGAAUGGAUGCUGAUGAUGAAGUGGUGGAUGGCCUUUUCAAAUGUAUUGAUAGGCUUUGUGAAAAUAAUGACAUUGUAGACAAUGUUCACAAUCAAUUGGCAAUAUAUAAAAGGGCAGGAGGAAGAUUUGGCAUUCCUGCAACAGUUAGAGCAAGGGUUAAAAUGGCUCCUGCUGAGUGGUGGAAGAUGUAUGGAGGACAUACACCACAUUUGCAAAUUGUUGCCAUUAAGGUACUAAGCUUGACUUGUAGCUCAUCUGGUUGUGAGCAUAAUUGGAGUACCUUUGAGCAUAUUCACUCAAAGAAGAGAAGUAAGCUUGAGCACCAAAAGCUUCAAGACUUGGUUUUUAUUAAAUAUAAUCAAGCUCUUCAAGAACGCUUUGAGUGUCAAGAUCCAAUUGAUCCAAUUGCUUUAAAUGAAGUUGAUGAUAACAAUGAAUGGAUGUUGGGAGAAGAAAAUGAUGAGGAUGAAUUUGAAGAUGACUUGGUGUUUGAUGAUGAUGUUUUGACUUGGAGAGAUGUUGCCCAAGCAAGUGGUGCCGGUGAACCUUUGAAAUACACUAGGAGACAAACACAAGUGAACAAGACAUCAACAAUUGCAUCUACAUCCAAGAAAGAUAAAGGAAAAAAAGUGAUGGAAGUACUAGAAGACGAGGAUGAUGAUGUAGAGGAAGAAGAAGAAUAUAAUUCUAAUGCUAGUGGGAGUGAUGAAUUUGAGGGAGAGGAAGACUUUAAUCUUGAUGAGGAAGAAGAUUAAACUAUAAUGUUUAAUUUUUUACUUACUUAGAGCUUUAACACUUUGUUUUGGAGACAUUUUAUAUUAUGUAUUGUUUGAGUACUAUGAACUUUUAAUUAUUAAAAAUGUUUAAUGCAUGAAUUUAGAGUUAUUUUUUUGUUUUUUUUAGC